AUGUAUGACAUUGGUUUACCUCCUCCACUUCCACCACGCCCUUUGCACAUACCUAGAGAAUUGUUAGCAAAACACACACGCACUAUUCGUAUUAUUCCUGAAAAUCACUCCUCUGGAAGUAUAGAUUUUGAAGUUAUUGAAAGAUGCUUAGUUCCGGGAGAUACAUUGACACUAGGAAGCAUCACGUCGUGCGAUUCAGGAUACAGAGACAUUGUAUUUGACAGUGGAAAGGUUGAUACGAGUCAUGCUAUGAUAUGGGAAGAUAAAGGAGAGCUAUAUAUUCGAGAUCUGCAUUCUGCAAACGGAACCUACCUUAAUGGCGUACGUUUGAUGCCAAGCUACACAGUCCCUGGUGGAUACAUAAUAAAGUCAAAUGAUGUUAUACGGUUAGGGAGAAGUGUAAAAGAUUCUAGAGAUGGUAAUCAUAGUAUAGGUCUUUACCUAAAGGAAAACAAUAUAGAAGCUAACACAGGUUCCCAGAUUCUGAAAAAUUCAAGUACACCAUCACUGGGUAGUUGUCGUGUAUGUCACCAGCUUAAUGAGCCUUUACAAGCGUUGUUUGUUCCAUCUUGUGUCCAUAUACUUCAUUUCAGAUGCGCAGAGCUACUACUAGACAAUUAUCCUACCUUUGAGUGUCCAACCUGUGAGAAAAAAUACCGUAUUAGCAGUACCCACCCUAAUGGGCCGAAGCUUCAAAUUUCUCAGGUCGCUAAAGAUCCAUAG